CCCACUCUAGAAGAUGAAACUGAUGGUAAAGCUGUUGUGAAAGAGAAGCCACAUUCAGCUAAAACUUUAACAGAAAAGGCGGCCAUAGCCAGACAGACAAGGGCUUCAUUAGGUCACUCAAGGGGUCCAUCUUGUAUAUCUAAGUCAACUGUAACACCAGUGGAAGCUGAGAAAACACCACAACCACCUAAAGUAACACCUCAGGAUCGGUUAGAGAAAGUAUGGACAGCUCUUCACAUGCCAGAUGGUUUAAAGUUGGACAUGGCCAUUAAAUACAGCUGUAAUGAAUUCUUCUUACAAUUACCACAGGCAAUCUACCACUGGGAGAAGGUUACAGCUCAGAUACUAAAGCGAGAAAAUUUGUUAGAAAAAUUAGAAAAGUUUGAACGAAAAGCUUCAGAUCCAAACAGAUUCUUUGAGAAAGGUCAUCGAGGAAGUUCUGUAAAUCGUCUGGAAGAAGCCAAACAAAGAAGUGCAUUUUAUAAGAGAAUUGAUUUGAUAGAAGAAGAAUUAACAAAAGAAUUAGAAUAUAUCAAACAGACUUUCCAAGAUAUUAUUACAUAUAGGGGUCGACCGUACGUUGAUAAGAUGAAAUGGGAUCGUAUCGAGAUGUUAUAUUGGCUACAAGAAGAAAGAAAAGAACAUGGCAUCAAAUACGAGGCUGCUAUUCGACAAUUACCACUUAAACAGGCUUUAUUAGACCCCAUUCAACAUCAACAUUCCUAAAAAUAUAUAACAGGCUAUCAACAUUCUAUGAAAUUGGCUAUAUAACACCCAAGUGUGGACAUAAGGCACCUGUCACAGGCUGUCACAAUCUGAUUAAAAUAUAGAUCUAUAUUUCGUUUCUUUUUCUUUAUACUUUCGAUGGCCUACACUACAUGAAGAUCUGACAAGUUUUAACUAUAGGUCACGUCAGGGGUCAAAAGACCGACUUAUGACCCUAUGACGUCAGAAAUUUGAUUAACCAAUCAGCAUUGAUGUUACUAGUGGAUUACCCACAGUUCCGUGAAAAACACGCCUAAAGCUUGCCGUAACAGACCGUUUCAUUGGCUUAUUCCUGACACCAUUCAGAACACGAAUUAAAUAACAACUCUUCCAGAUCCAAGUGUAGUAAAGACAAGUAAAACGAAAUUUUGAACUAUAAAAACGAAACGAAAUAGGAUCAGUGUUUUAACCAGAUUGAGGCUGUCAGACAUAAAUUAUCACACAACUUAUGGUAUAAUAUAAAACAUGUGAUAAUUUGUUUCUUCUGACAUAGCAUGUGAUAGGUGCCUUCUGUCCAGACUUGUCUAUAAUUGUACUGACAAAGUCUGACGGGUUCCUUCUGUCCAAGAUUGAUUACCGCCUAUUCUAUAAAACAUUGGGUGGUGGUGGGGGGGGGGGGCUGAAUGGUUAGUUUGUGCACUUUGUAUCAUAUGGUCUGCCAUUGAGUCAACUGGCAUGGUUUCAUUUCUCCGGUUGUCUGUGACAAGGAGUAGGGCUGCCUGUCCAUCCUCAAGGGUUUUCUCUGUGUCCUCCAGUUUCCUCCCACUGCUAAA